AUGCGUGUCUCAGAGACACACGAAAUCGUGUCUAGGGACAGAUUGUUAGCGCUCCGCGACAUCCUGCUCUGCAAGGGUCUGCGUCGCAAUGUAGCCAACAACAAUGGGACCGGACAGGAGCAGAUCGAGAGGGAUCGCAGGCAGCUGCCCUCCCUGGUGGAGGCCGGGAGGCACGCCGGUCGUUCACGGGUUGUUUUCAGUGGCAGCAACAUCAACCUACACCUCUGGAUCCGAGACUCGUUCAUCUCCAUCGUCCAAAACAAGACGCGGGUGUUGAUCCUCGCCUUCUUCAUCAUCUACCAGCUCUUCUUCUGGAGCUGGGGUUCCCUCUACUACCUGCUGGUCCGAUUCAAGCCGGGCUGCAUCUACGGCGCCGACAGCUUCGUGGAGGCCUGGGUGUUUGCCGUGGUGACGCAGAUGACUGUAGGAUAUGGCAAUACGGGUCCUCAGAACUGCUGGCCCGUCUCCGUCAUGAUUGUGGUCCAGGGCAUUCUCUCGGUCCUCCUCGGCGCCAUGGUCGUUGGCAUCAUGUUUGCGCGCAUCUCGCACCCGCACUACCGCGGCCGCUCCAUCUACAUGAGCGACCGCGCGUCCAUAGCCAGGCGGGACGGCACCCUGAAGCUCAUGUUCCGCAUCGCCGACAUCCGACGCACACAGGUAGUGGAACCUCAUGUCAAGACCUUCUUAUACACCUGGGGCUCCGGCCGGGUGACAGCCGAGGGCGAGAAGAUUCCAGUACGUUGCGAGGCGCUGGACAUCGGAUAUAUCGACGGCAUGCUGCUGCUGCCCCUCAUCAUUGAGCACACCAUCGACGAGCGGUCACCCCUCUGCGGCCACACCCACGACAGCCUGACCAGCCUGAAUGCGGAGAUCGUGGUGACUUUUGAGGGAACCACAGAGUUUGGCAACCCCUUCAUGGCUCGCCGCUCCUACCUGCCGCACGAGCUGCACUGGGGCGAGCAGUUCCUGCCCAUCAUCAUGCGGCCCGAGGGCUCGGAAACCAACAAGCACUAUGGUGUCGACCUCACGCACUUCCACGACCUGCGGCGGCAGAAGGACGUGCCGUCCGCGCCGGCCUCGGAGGUCUCGCACGCCGUGGUCAGCCGUGCGCUGAAGACCGUGCCCUACCCGCUGCUGGGCGAGAACACGCUGGUUGUGUCGGACAGCCUGUGCGUGAGCUGGACGCGGGGAGGCGCGCUGGAGCUGGUGGCGCGCGUGGGCGACACCUACCCCAAUCAGAUGGUGGAGGUGGUGGUGCACUUCAUCCUCUACCGCUGGUGCAGGCUGGAGGACCAGCAGCGCGACCCGCUGCUGCCCACCUUCACGCAGCACCGCCUGGAUGUCGGGUACAACACCGGCGCGGACCGCCUGAACCUGCGGCUGCCCGUGGAUGUGCGCCACGUCAUCGACGCCAGGUCGCCGCUGGCCAACUGGUUGGAGCCGGGGGGCGUGGACUCGGACCUUGGCUCCGAGAUCGUGGUCAUAAUGAACGGCUACCGCACGCGCUCCACAGACAACGUCCUGCGCCAGCGCACCUACAAUGUGGGGCAGCACGUGCGAUGGGGUCACCGCUUCGUGCCCAUCGUGCGGCCGCCCGGCUUCUCCGGCGACGGCAAGGCCAGGGUGCGGUGGGGUAAGUUCCACGCCGUCGUUCCGGACACACGCAAGGAGGUGGACGGGCACGCGGUCAGCGUCCCCGGGGGGCCCCGCAUACGCUUGGCCAAGGCUACCCCCGCGUCCCUUGCAGGGACCUCCACCGCGACGCUGUCGCGCAUGCCCAGCCGGCUGGGGCCUGGCGCCGUGGAGGCCAGCGACUACACCAUCCUGCCCAUGGACCUGCACCGCUACGCCGCCGAGAUCGCGAGCAUGGCGACGCCGGCCGGCGCCGUGGCGCCGGGGUCGCUGGACGCCGUGCCCGAGGACCGUGCGAUGCAGGACUCGGAGCUUUCUUUGAACGCGCCGCUGGUGGCGCAGAGCGCCCAGGACGAAGCGGACGCCGCGAAGAUGGCGCGCAACCUCAAGUGA